GCCGGAGCCAUGGCCUCGCGCAGCGCCGGGGCUCUCCUGACCCAGAACAACGCGGUCUACGUGCCGCCGGGCCUCAUGCCGGGGUACCGCGGGCAUGUCCCGAAUGUGGCGUACUCCUUUGGUGAUACAUAUGGAAAUACCACUAUGAAAUAUUUCCAAGAUGCCCGCAAUGCUGCCAUGAACACCAGCUGCAGUCCCUACGGCAAGGGGGGUCAGUUUCCCACCCUCUUCUCGCCGGACCCAGACUUGGUGCUUGGGGCAAGGGCGAGGGGCUGGGACAGGUGGCUGCAUACACCUAACUACUCUCGCUUCAAUCUGGAUUUUAAUCGCUCAGCAGAGUUAAAGGAGUUCUAUAAGCUUUCCCAGAUGCAUCGGGAGUAUUACAAUGACAAGACUGGGACGGUGCAUCAGAAUCCGUAUUUUGUGCUGCCCGUGAAAGAGAAGGACAAGUACCCUCACCCCCUUGAUCUGUGA